CAAAUAUUUCACAUAAAUUGCAAUGACGACAUUAGCUAUUUAAGCUCCAGCAAGAUAAAAAUCAAAUGAGUACAACUUGUGUAUCGAACGAGAAACAUAGUUUAGUUUCCCUGCAUACGUAAAUAAUGGCGUCAAAUUUUGUUAAUUUUGAUGAUGAGUUUGAGAAAUACUUGCACCGCAUGUUCUACGUUAAGCAAACUGAAGAGACAUCCAAAUGUGAUCCCUCAAAUAUUGAGUAUUUUGGAGUACUAAAUCUAACUGACCUGCGUUCACCUGACCGCAAAUUGUGGUACAUCUAUUAUGCUAAGCAACCAGAAGUCGAUGAAACCCUUAAUCGUAUUUUCCAUAAAUACGGCAAAAAGAAUAUGUGUGAAAUAUUUCGGAAACCAACAUUCAGUGGCGUAGGAUUACGUGACAGAGUAAAGAGACAUUUUCAAGAUAAGAAAUGGUAUGUAAAAGGCAAUAUUUUGGAGGCUCCGCCUAAGAGUCCAUACAACGACGAUCGUAUGCUUAAAAUGAUAACUGAAUUGUACAAUGAUGAGAGGAAAAUGCUCUAUAAUUACAUUUGCAUGACUCACGAGUCGUUUAUAAAAUACCAAUAAUAAUUAAGUGUAUAA